AUGUUCGUAGGUGGUGAGGGGUUAACUGUCGCUGAGCAGCUGAAAUUCUAUGGCACUUUGAAAGGCAUCCCGAAAGCACGUUUGAAAACGGAAGUAGAGGAAAUGAUCGAAGAUCUUGGCUUGUUCGAUGCUCAAAACAAACUUGCUAGCCGUCUUUCAGGUGGAACGAAACGUAAACUCUGCAUAGGUAUCGCACUGAUUGGUGGCUCAAAGCUCAUUAUUCUGGAUGAACCGACUGCUGGAGUGGAUGCGCAUGCACGACGCACCAUAUGGGAUUUACUGCUCAAACAUAAAGAAGGACGUACGCUGAUUUUGUCAACGCAUCACAUGGAUGAAGCAGAUGUGCUAGCGAAUCGUAUUGCGAUCAUAUCAGAAGGACAACUCCGGGCUGCCGGCUCAUCGCUCUUCCUGAAAAAGAAAUUUGGCAAAGGCCUGCAUCUAAAUAUCCUCAAAAAAUCGAGCAGUACAGUUGAUUCCGUGAAGAGUUUCUUGAUGGACCAGACCAAUAAGCGCUGUGAACUCGUCGAAGAAUACGAUAAUGAACAGCUUUAUCGCCUUCCCAUCAAUUUGACUGCGGCUGAACUCAAAAGGUUUGCUUAUAUUCAGUUCCAGGAAUGGACUUCAUCUGAUUUCAGAACUUCAAAAAAAAAGCCUUGCUAG